CCCGCCAAAAUCGAGAGACCUUUCCUUGCUUCUUCCCUUCACUUUUCCUCACCACUUGUUCCAAUACUAAUGUGACGGCCCACCUUAAGUGUAAAUCCACCUUGUCAACAUAAACACAUAACGCGGGAAAAUGAGAACGGCGAUACCGAACCGAAGCUAAAGAUUUCAGUUUUUCGUACUGCAAAAUACCUUAUAGACAAUGGCAUAAAUUGGAUUCAUAAACUGUACAUUUUAAGCUUGACUUCAAUACCUGCUUUGUUCCAGAUAGAUAAUUAGCUGCAGCUUUGGAUAAGCAAAAGGAGAGGCUAUGGAAUUUAAACUACUCGUAUUGACCUUGUCUGGGAUCAUUCAAUUUCCUAUUACUGCAAGUGUUUCCGAGAGUGAUGGUGGAUAUCAUUGGAAAAUUGACAUCGUAAGACAUGUUCCAAGUAGCCUUGGCAGCGCCAAAUGGCAAUUUGUCAAAAUGAAAGACCUUUCCUGUUCAAGUGACAUAUGCACUGAUAUCUACGCCAAAAUAAGAGCACUUCAUGACUCGCCACAUAUUGACAAUGAUGAGUUCAGUAGAGUUACUGCAGGAAUGAACCCAAGAGUCAUAAUGAUGAUCAAAGAAAAUAACAAAGAAAAUAACAAAGAAGAGCUCCACAUUGUUGAUCCACUUGUAGUUGAAUCUGAUCACUGCAUGUGCUUGCAGAAUGCUACAUUCCAAUGGAUCCUGUCAAGCUCUUUGCAAAGCAAUUGUCUGUCUGGGACAACAGUUUGUGAACUUGUUUUCGCUGCACCAGUACCAAUAACACGGUUGACUGUUUCCAUCAUGAUAACGGUGGAAUCAUCAGAAGCCAGUUUGUUUAUACCAUCAAAGAGUAUCAUAUUCUACAACACAAUUAACUUUGUAAGCUUGGAAAGAAUUUUCAACUUUGGGGCAGUCACUCCGCUGAACCGUACUGCCAGUGCACGGUUUUUGAAGAUCAAACGAAUACCUGAAAACAGCGGCUUGUGGGUGUUGCCAGUAGGAAAGCAACUUAUUACAACAUGCAGUGAAUUCGAAGGAAAAACUAUUGCUGAAAUAAUAUUACCAAAGCAAUCACUACCAGAGAUUUGCAGCAGUUGGGAUGAUGAUGUCAGAGAUAUUUUAAGUUUACCCGAUCGCUUGCUAGUUGCUACAAAGUUUGGCCUUCUUCAGUACUAUAUCGUUCAUCGAAGUAAUCAAGCAACGAACCCAGUCCGCAUUCUACAAGCCUGUAUUGAAAGAAUCGACACAACCAGCCAAGCCUCGGAAUCAUCCUAUUACGUCAUGGCUUUAUCCAACAACUCAGAGACAUUUUACUUUGGCCAGGUCUCGAAAGGUGAGGCGUUGGUCAUGAAGCCAGCCAGUAACUCGCUAAAUCAAUCAAUCUGCCAGUUUUUGACCCAUGGUUCAGAAUGUGAAGUCCGUGCUUUCGCCUCCUCCGCUCUCAAGGCCGAUAAAUUAUUUGUUCUUGUCAAAGCGGUUCAGUAUUUGCUGGUAUCAUUUUCAGUUGGUACUGCUUCGUUUGAAGUCGUCCAAGCUCUCUCUCAGGAAAAUAUCCAAAAUUCCCGAUUGCCAAAAUCUGCGAUGGGAUCAUUCGAUUUGAUUGAUAUGUCCUUCACACAGUUGCAUGCGUAUCAUCUGUUUAUUUGGGGUAGCGUUUUGCUGUACAGUCCAAAUGCUGGCCAAUUAGUAUUCAAGAUGGUAGAUCUGAAGGAUGAGAUUAUACAGAUAUUUGAGACAUCAUUUCGAGGAGACUAUGUCUUUGUGACUAACCUUGGAAAGGUUUACUUUGGCAAGGUCGGUACCAUCAGCACUAGGCAUUUGAAGUCAGUAGAAACAGCCAGAAGUUUGACUGUGUUUUUCGAUUCAACUGGUGGACUUUAUCAGCUUGUAUCAACCAAAGAUAAUUGUAAUACUUCUGCAUGCUUGAAAAAGCUAAGAGUACCGGUGAGAGAUUCAUUGCUCCGAGAGAACACAUACCUGAAAAUCAUCAACCGAUACCGCUUUUGCACACAGAGUUGCCGUGGCGAUUGCGAAAAACUAACCUUGCUUUCUUGUCAGAUUGAUCAUUCUAAAACCAGAAAGAUAGAAAGAACCUGCCCAUUUGCAAAAAUCAAACUGAAGUCAUCUAAUUUCCAGUUUUUCUCCCGGAUUUCUCUUACGUUGCAUUGCAGAGACAAAUUAAACUCGAAAUUUGCCACCAAAUUAGAUGAAGUAGGGACUAGUUUAUUUUGGAAGGAGAAAAUUACGGCGAACAGCACAGCACUGGAUAAUUGUCUAUGGGAAGACUCCUCUCAUGAAGGCCAUCGUCUUCCAGCUUCAAUUUCUCUUGGUCGUGGAAUAUGCUACGAAUUCUUUAUUCAAAUAUUUUUAGAUCACAGAGACACCACAGGUUUGUAUUUUCACGAUUUCAAGCUUGAAGACAUUCGACUGUCGGUGAUUAUCUCCAGGCCUGAUGAGCUUAUAGUGAAACUGAACCGCUCGCUAUCAUACGGCGAUGAUUCCGUGAAAUACAAGAUUGAUUUAUGCGACUCUGGAAAGAAAAGGAAGCAAAAUCCACCUGGCACUGGACAAGAUAUAAUUUCUCCAGAGCUGAAGGUGGUUGGAUCUGAGCUGAACUGUAUACCCAGGAGCUACCAAGAGGCUGAAGAUGUCCAGGGUUAUUUUGCACCAAAAAUUCUGCUUGGCUGUCCAGCUGGACAAAAAGUAGUCUUCGACCCUCAGCUUUCAAAAAGCAAAGGAAAGGCGAAUUACUGCGACGACGAUUCGCCAACGGUUCCAUGCUUCCAUUUUGAACGAGAAUUUUCACCUAUUUUCCGCCACGUUGACGAGGCUACGCUAAAGACAGAAGAGUUUUCUGGUAACUACACUUUAGUUAUCGUGGCUGGCGGCACAACCUUAGACAACGUUCGUUAUUUUAGCGAAGAAGAGAAAAAGCUGUUCAACUAUGAAGCAGGGUGGCUCUGCAGUAGCAACAGUCCUUGCUCGGGAAUCGCGCCUGUCUUCCCGCAUCCCCCCGUCUUCUACUUUAUCGUAGAGUUUUCAAACAGGAACGUUGAUAAUUCGAACUGCGAUUUCACGUUUCACUUUGCAAUCAAAAUUGAAGGUCUUGCUCCUGGCUCUAUCAAUCCAUCCUUGAUAAUUGUGUUGAUCUCAAUUGGUUUGAUGAUAAUUGGCCUUCUGGCGUAUUUUGUCUUGAAAAAACGCUAUAACCAUGUUUUGGAGCGCUUCCAGUGGGUAUACGUCGUGAGGCUCUUCCAGAAACCAAACAAAGUUGAGAUGAGUGAAGAACCUGGGCUAACAAGAACUGAACCAAAUGCUGAAAGUGUUUGAUAUACAAGCCUGAUUGACAAUAUUAACGAAGUGCCUGUGACUUGCACAAAAUGGCUCAGCCGUUCAUCCACAAGAAUUGUUCCUAAGUUCAUGGAGGCCAGGAGCGAAUCACUGGUUGCCUCAACACGCCUUGUUAAACUGUAUCUUUGUCAGUUGAUACUAGAG